UGCAGCGUUUUGAGAAUUCACCAUUUCUUCGUUGUUGUAGUCAAGCUACAUUGAUUUCGCUUGGACUGAUCGUGGAAGUACUCACGAUACUAAACUGUCUUUGAGAAGGAUUUCGACCUACGUGUUCUCUGAACGGCCGACUUUUCUUUAUUCCCCUUCAGCGCCACCUCUGUCGCUCCUCCUUGCAACCAUGGCGGUCGAGUUUGCGCUCAACACGCCUCUAGCUGACGCCUUGAACAAUGUUUUACAACCGAAGCUGGUAGAGGUGGGAUGGACCACGGGCGAUAUAGACGACUCCGCGUUGUCUGAGUAUAUCCUAUUGAUGCUCGUCAACGGCAAAACCCAGGACCAGAUCGCCGUCGAGCUCUCCAAUGACCUCCUCGGUCUGGAUCCAGGCGAUACUAGAGGAGCUGAAUUUUCCGGCUGGCUCUUUGAACAAUUACGGAUACUGAACGGGCAGAUAAAUGGACAAACAGCUCAGCAAACUGGAGUAGCGGAUGAAAACAGCGGCGUCUCGGCCGGAAACUUUGAUGGGAUUGGGAAUGACCCAGAAGGGCAGGGCCAGGAUGCGGUCAUGGGAGAAGCGGGUGAGGGGAUGGCGGAGGGUGGAAUACCUACGGGGCCAAAAUCUAUGCGGAAUGGCCCUAGAGGGAACAACAGACGCCUCAUGGGCCAACUUAAUAAGGCAAUGGAUCGAAACACAGACCCUCUUCUGCACCGCGUGCGCGCCCAACAAGGUACUGGGAGAAUAAAUAGUCACGGUCGAGAUGCGCCCAAGGGACCUCGCAACCAAAGAAUGGGUGGGAGAGGCGCAGGUCCGAUGCUUAACACCGGAAUGCCUCCUGGCGGGCCUGCAAAUGCCUUGAUGGGCAUGUCACCCCAGCAGCAGAUGCAACUUUUCGCAAUGUACGAGGAGCAAGCCAGGAUGAUGUCCCAAAUCCUUUCCCCUCAACAACAACAACAAAUGUUCAUGGGACCGGCAAUGGGAGGUCCAAUGGUGAAUCCGUCUGGGCCUGGUGCUUUCGGAGGACAACAUCAACAGCAGGGCAAAUCGCUGUUCGAGCGCGUGGAUAAUAACCCGAGGCGAAAUGGCGGUUUCAACAAGAGGCAACCGAACAAUUCCAGACCCGAUCAAGGCCAACAGGAAUCCCGAGACACCAAUCCGGCUUCGUCCAUGGACGUUGAAAGCCCGCAGGCUGCGCCCGAUCCAGCGACAACUGUUUGCAAAUUCAAUCUCUCAUGCACGAAGGAGGAUUGUUCUUUCGCUCACCAGUCGACGGCUGCGCCACCCGGAGUAACGAUUGACGUCAAUGAUACUUGCAGUUUUGGCGUUGCGUGCAAGAACAAGAAAUGUGUUGCGCGUCAUCCGUCACCAGCGCAGAAGACCACUCAUCAGGCAGCGCAAGAUUGCAGAUUUUAUCCGAACUGCACAAAUCCCGUCUGUCCCUUCCGGCAUCCAUCAAUGCCACUCUGCCGAAAUGGUGCAGAUUGUACUACACCGGACUGCAAGUUUACGCACUUGCAGACCAUGUGUCGCUUCAAUCCUUGCUUGAACCCUGUUUGCCCCUACAAGCAUGAAGACGGACAAAAGAGAGGCAAAUUCGAAGACAAAGUAUGGACCGCUCCUGGAGCGAAGGAAAAUGAGCAUGUUAGCGAAAGAAAAUUUGUUGAUGACAAUACAGAGGAAGAAUUGAUUGUGCCUGGUGGGGGCGUUCCUGAGGAGCAGAAAGCGGUAGAGUCGGGCGUUUGAGCAAUGAGCGGUUUUGUCUGGGAGAGGCUUCACUAAAUGUAGAAUAUCGUUUUUGUAUGUUGCUUUUCUUUGGUUUCGGUCACUGGUCUCGGAGGCGUUUGGCGGACUGAAGCCCAUCGGGCUAAAUACUUUUUGCUGCAAAAGCAUGGCGUAUGAUGCAAAGAGGUUGAAUAUUCGUAUCUUAGGUACUGAUUGGGUGUCAGAAAACAUCGGAUAUAUCUGAAAUGAAGAUGAUGCGACUUGAAAUUUCGCUAUACUAUCAUAUACAUAUGGUCUCUUUUAUAGAAUGCUGAUUAUGAUUCCGUCAAGGAUUAAAACGCAAAAGAAGCCCUAUCCAGCUAAGCCCAAGAUUGUUUUUGAAAUUUUCUUUUGUCCCGGUUGUACUGCGGAGGGAGAGCUUGCACAGGUACGCGUCCCCAUUAAAGAAUUAAAAUGCUACGGCUUGAUUAAUUUUACAAAUGUGUCAGACACC